ACCUCCUAGGUAUUUAUAGUGAGAAAAUACAUUGAGAAAAUGCAUUUUCCUGUCCUUUAGCUGAAGUGAAUUAUUUUCACUCCAAACAAGCAAUUAAAGACAAAAAUGUAUCUUUUCAUUGCACUUACUAUUUUAUGCAGGGUUGCUGCAGGUGCAGAAUGGUGCUAUCAGUCACAGGUAACUUGCGACAACAAUUGCAAAGGACCCGAUGAAUGGAAAAAUGUUUUCUCAGAGUGUGGAAAUAAAAAACAAUCACCCAUUAACAUUGUCACAAAGCAAGUUCUUGCAGACCAUCGACUGACCCCAGUACAGUUUACAGGCUACCAAAAGACAUUGAGAAGUGUAAUUAAAAACAAUGGACACUCAGUCCAAAUUAACCUGCCUGACAGUGCUGUUAUUAAUGGGGCCAACUUGGGAGCUUCUUACAAAGCCCAACAAUGUCACCUGCAUUGGGGAACGAGUGGUGGACCUGGAUCAGAACAUACUAUAGACGGAGAACAAUAUCCCAUGGAGCUUCACAUUGUCCAUAUAAAAGAAAAUUACAAUUCGCUGGAAGAGGCUGUUGGUGAUCCUUUGGGAGUGGCUGUUCUUGGAUUUUUUUAUGAGGAAUCAAGAAGUGACAAUGAAAAAUAUCAACCCAUCAUAAAUUCUCUGAAUAAUAUUACACUUCCUGACACCAUUGUAACACUUGAAGGUUUGUCAUUAGAAAUGCUCAUCCCAUCCUUUGAUACAUUGGGGGAAUACUUUCGUUACCAGGGGUCCCUUACCACUCCAGGCUGCUUUGAAGCUGUAGUUUGGACAAUAUUUGAGCAAACCAUACCACUCAGCAAACAGCAGCUUUCUGCAUUUUUACAUCUGCAGUCUCACAAUGAGACUGCUAUGAUAAACACACAUCGACCCGUUCAGCCACGGUAUGGGCGUGAGGUGUAUCACUCUGGGAGUUAUGUUUUUUGUGUAAGCACUGCCUUAUUGGUCAGCUCUGUUUUCUCUUUCUUAUGGUUUGAUUUUUAAGAGUUUUGUAUUAUUAAGCAUUUGCGUUUACAAGCACUUAGGCAGGUUAUAUAUUAUUCAGUAAUGUUUGCCAAGUUAAAUAUAAAGUCAAAUUUAACUUUAUUGCAGUAUGUCCAGCAAUAUUCCUGGUAUUGCAAUUUACUUCAGCAAGACUUUAUUGGUGGUUAUUCAACAGCCCUGGCAUUGUAUAUACUCGACUGACAACUUGUGCAAAAGAGCAGUGUGUAACAUUGUGUAAAAUUAUGGUAUCUUGAAAUAAAACUAUAUUAACACAAAAAUACUUACAUAAAGAGA